AUGGAUAGUUUUUCAAGAGGAAAGAAACUAGCCCUAAUGGGUUUAUCUAAACAAUAUAGCUGGCAAACCGUAAAUGAGUUUGAGGAUCCUUAUCAUAAUAGUGAUGAUGAAUACAAAGACCCAGAGGAUAUGACCCAGACAUGUAUAUCAGGCAACAGUCAAGCAUCAAGCAGUACAUGGGGUGAUGAUAUACAGAGUGUCUCAAAAGAUAAAUGUAUAGGAUCAAUACUAACCUCUCUCACUAAGGAGAAACAGUGUACUGCAUGCAAAAAACCAAAAAAGGUCUGUUGUUGCAAGGUAGGAUUCAAGUUACUAGAAGACAAGAUCCCUUCAGCAGAUUCGCCAAAUAUAGAAGAGAAAGAGUUAGUGCUUGAAACUAUUGGCACAGAACCAACUCCUUCUUCUUCACAGAGUCCCAGAAAAAUAGGAACCCCUGGCACGACAAUCCCUGAAUUACAAUCUAGUGAGUACUAUGCAUUAGCCGGUCAAAAGUUGCAUCAAAACAUUUUGGACAAUAAUAUAUCAGAAGAAGAAGUUGCUUUCAUGUUAGUGACAUUGAAUGAGGAAGAGCAAACAGAGUAUACUGUGAAGUGCAUCACCUCUCAUCAAAAAGAACGUGAGCAAUUUCUGAGACAUCUGUAUCUCAGACACCGAGAUAGAGAAUUGGAGAUAGUAAUAGACCCAAAAGAAAAGAUGCUUGUAUCAAGAGAAUCUUUAGAAGAGUUUUUGGAUUUAUCUCAACACAGUAUAAGAUUGUCAGAAGAAACAUUGCCCUCUCACUAUAUUACUACAACUUCCCUUUCCAAAACAACUCCUCCAGAAGAUGCCGAGUUGGAAAAUCUUUUAGAUCCUCAAAACAUCGAAAAACAAAAAUCACCAAUUUCUUAUGUUCCAGAAGAUCUAUUAAGAAAUAUUAAAACCUUAUUAGAUGAGCAUGCAACACAGCAAUUGGUUGCUAUAUCCUCUAUAGCAUGUGAUGUUGAGUACUAUAUUCACUCAGCAUAUUGCCACUACUCCUCCUCUAACGCUCAGACAACACCCUCAAUCCCUCCACAAGAUGAAGAUGAGUCAACUAUGAAAAGACUGAUGAAUGUUAUUCCUACCGAUUGUGUUAAGAAGAUAACAGAACAAGAUUUAACACUGCUUUGGAAUUCUCUGAAGAAUGACGAACUAUUUAGGAUAAUCUGUACCAAUCAGUUUGGAAAAAUGGGAAAACUUAUAGCAAUUAAAUUAAAAACAUUUUGUGAAACUGAUGGUGCUUUAGAGUUUUAUGGUAAUCUGCCCCACAAAUUAACAAGAAAAGCGAAGAAAAAUCCUAAUGUAUUGCAUACAGUCAUAGAGACCGAAUCUGAGAAAGAUGAAGAAAAAGAAAAAGAGCAAAGAAAUGUUAUAAAUAAUAGGACCUCAAAAAACAAGAAAACUGCAGUAAUAAAAAAAAUAGAGAUUGUUAGCAAGCGUAAAAAGGCAGCAAUCAAAAAGGUGAAAACUGGUGACAAGGGUAAAAAUAAAUAA